AUGGAUUAUAAUCCAUAUACGAGUGGGUAUAAUUUCAGUGAUCUUCUUCAAAGUCAACAAACUGGUUUUGGUUCAUCAGAAGUUCCUGGAUUUGGAACUCAACAGAACCCGGAUUGCAACCUCGGUACAGAGAGCCUUGUAGAGCGCCGUGAACGCAAGAAAUGGACCAUCUCAGAUGACAUUUUGUUCAUCACCUCAUGGUUAAACACGAGGAAAGAUCCAGUCAUGGGUAAUGAGCAAAGAUCAGGCGCUUUCUGGAAUAGAAUAGCGGCCUACUUUGAGGCAAGCCAGUCUGCAGAGUGCGAACGGAGAGAGCCGAUGCACUGUAAGCACCGGUGGCAGAAGAUCAACGAAGCUGUGUGCAAGUUCUCUGGCUCGUAUGAGGCUGCAACAAGGGAGAAGACCAGUGGACAAAAUGAGACUGAUGUUCUCAAAAAAGCGCAUGAGAUCUACUACAAUAACCAUAAGAAGAAGUUCAACCUUGAGCAUGCGUGGAGGGAGUUGCGCUAUGACCAUAAAUGGUGCUCUCUUUCAAGCUCUAGAGACGUUGGAAGCUCAAAAAAGAGGAAGUUUGACGACGGUACACAAUCAGAAACAUCUCAAGCGACUGAAAGCAAGACGUCUGAGAGUGAUGAAGGCACCACUCGUCCCCCGGGUGUGAAGGCAGCUAAGGCACGUGGUAAGAAGCCUCAGGGGAAAGACGUGGAGGAGUAUCAGAAAAUGUGGAACAUUAGGCAGCAGGACGUGGCCAACAAAGAAAAGCUGUACAAGAUGUCUCUGCUUGACAAUCUUGUUGCAAAAAAAGAGACACUGUCCGAGACUGAGGAAGGUCUAAAGAAUAAGUUGAUUGAGGAGUUGUUCUCUGUUUGA